AUGGCACCAAUUGACACAGUACACUUUGUUGCCCAAUAUCCCAUACGGUGUGCCAAUGAAGGCUCAAUGACAGCACUCGAGUCGCCCUUCAAGCUGGGCCCAUUGGACGAGCUCGUGCUCCCAUUCGUCCCUAUCCAGACUCUGUUUGUCUACCGCAACCCAGCUUCAAGUCCCGAAAAUAAGUUCCUUGAGAUCGAGAGAUUGCGACAGGCACUGCCGUACCUGCUCAAUUACUAUCCGCAUUUGACAGGCCGUCUACACAUCAACUCUGAGACACAUGCCCCUGAGAUUACUAGCAUAGGGAAAGGCGCUGAGCUGCGUGAAGCUAGUUGCAACCUCCGGUUGGAAGACUUCAUUCCAUCUGAUCGUGCCUCUCACUACCUUCUGGUGACCGACUUGCCAGACUGUGGCACCGCACUGCUGGCCCCGUUCGAUCCGUCCAUAGAUGGUGUGUGUCGGGACCCAAUCCUGGCCAUCCAGCAUACUCGAUUCGCCUGUGGAGGAGUGGUGCUUGGAAUUCGCUUGCAUCACAUCGUGUGUGAUUCAGGUGGGUUUUUCCAGCUGGUCCGAGACAUGGCGGAAAUUUAUCGGGGCUUAGCAACAUCACCACAUCCUACUCUGGGGUGUCCGCCUGUGAUCCGAUCAUAUCUUUCGGACUUGAGUGUUCUGUCACCACAAGAAAAGCAAGAGGCCCUUGACUACGAAUCAAAUACGUACACACUGGCUGCAUCAAAUCAGGACCCAACAGCGUCGAAGGCGGUGGAACAUGGAAAGCCGAUAGAAUCUGUCCCGUCAACGCAGACUGCGAAACCGCCUGUCGCCGGGCGAGUUUUGCGGUUCACUGGAAGUCAUCUCCGAGACUUGAAACAACUGGCGACUGACCCCAGUGGAAAGGGUUGGGUGAGCACCUUCGAAGCCCUAAGCGCGUACUUUUAUCAGCGAAUCUACCGCGCGCGGCAUCAGCUACUUGUGUCUCAGGGCGAUUCUCCCACUGAAGCGGCGAACAAAAUCUGCCGCGGUUUGUUCACCUCCAUCAACAUGCGUGACGCUAGACGUUUUAACCUGGGCCCAAACUACUUCCCGAACGCCAUUUACCCUUGCUGUGCCAACUUCUCGCAUGAGCUGCUGGCGGACAGUGAACUUUGGAUGGUUGCGAAAGCGCUGCAUGAUCUGGUCCGUGCUAUUGAUGUGCAACAGAUGGAGCAGGCGACCCGAUGGGUUGCCGUCCAGCCAGACAAAAGUCGCAUCGGCAUCAACUUCACAUUUGCGGACGGCAACUUUACAGUCAGCCAGUGGUCAGGGUUCAAUAUGUACGUCGGUGUCGACUUUGACGUUGACGGAGAGGGCAAACCAGUCCAUCCUGCUCUAGUGACGCCCCCAAUUACAGAGAUAUCUCGCGUGGAUGGCCUAGCUCUGAUUUUGUCAACUGAGGAGGACUUGAACCGGACGGUAGAACCCGCCAGCAAAAUGCCAAGCGCCAUCGAUGUCAACCUCACACUUGCCGCGCCGCUGUGGCCGAUUCUUGAUGAAGACGAAGAAUUUCGGAAAUAUUAUCACUAG